AAUCGAUUUCCAUGUCACCAGCUGAUAUGGAUGAUAAUUAGAGAGAGAAAUAGUGAUUUGCAAAUAUUUAAUACCUAUUCAUUUCACAUUUCGGUUCGUUAUUUAGAGUUAUAAUAUGUUAUUUUUAAUUAAUUUGUCGUCCAAUAAUGGUCAAUUGUACAACAAGAUAACAACAUUCACUGUUUUCGUGUAAUGCGGCAAUUUGUUGGCAAUGCCUUAUUUAUCGGCAACCCGAGAGAACGGCCACAGCGAUAGUCGACUUAAGUUGUUCAAUGGUCUGUUUCGGUGGAAAAAAACAGAAAAAGAAAAACAAAAAGCCAGGCAGUUAAGUAAAAGUGAAGUUUGUAUAGCAACAUCAAUGUCUGUGAAAACAAGAAAUUCGUGUCCUGCGUCUCCUGCUCUUUCUAUGCCUAGAUCUAGAGAUGUUUUCCAGGACAUGGAAGCGCUUACAAUCUCAAGACAUGACAAUCCAUAUUUACAGAAAAAAAUUUUAGCGAGCAGAGAGAGCUUAUUAGAUGAUAAUAUUGUUGUAUCAGAAACGGAUGACAUAGACACUAUGGCUCAGGAAUAUUUAGCUGAUAUGGGUCCAGGUGCUUUAAUAGAACUUCAUCAACACAUGGUAAGAAGUCCACCUCCAACUACGUGGCCUCGUAUACCUAUAUUUAAAUAUGACGAAAAGAACCAAUCCCAAGAUCUUUAUGGAGAUAGAUGCAAAAGCCCACAUGGCCGGUCGUUCCUCCAUAGCUCUUGUUCAAGUGGUUCUUCAAGCUGUGUUGUUUCACCACGAUAUAACCAUCAGUCUAGAUGUCACAGAUCGGCUAGUGAAUCUCGAGGUAAACACGUUUAAACCUCAUCUAUAUGCGACUCUAUAAACAUCGUAAAUAUUAUACGGUUGAACAAAUCUUCCUUAAUAAUUGGGUAUUUGUGUAAAAUUACGCAAAAUCAGAGACCUAGAAAAACGAAGUUUAUACCUAGAUUUACUCAUUAACUCACUGUCACUUCGUUUUAAUUAAUUAGCAUGUAUAUUGCCUACAUAGCGGUGAAUAUGAAGAAAAUCAAAAGUUCGUGAAAGAGAGAUUCGAGUGCUUUCCAUUUAUAUGUAUGUAUGUAUGUGAUUUUAUCUAUACAAUUAUAAACUGUUGGUAAAUGAAAUGAUAUUGUGUAUUAAUAAACUAAGUAGUAAAUUGUUAUUUACAUAAUAUUGUAUCGUUCUAUUAACUACAAAUCAGUGUUCAUGAAUAGGUAUUAUAUUGUAUUAAUUAAUUAUUAUUAUUAUUUUUAGAAAUAUUUUUUUCUACUUUAAAUUAUACUUUCUAGUUAGAAAAGUUUAAUUUUUAAUAAUUUUUUUUUCUAAACUACUCUAUAUUUUGUUUAUUAUAUAUUAUAUUAUAUAUAUUUAUUACUUUUACGACAUCACAAAUUUAACAUAAUUAUAUAAAUUGUAAUUUUUGAUUACCUAUAUAUAAAAAUGUAUUUUUUUAAGAUUCUAUAAUAGAUUAUAACAUGUAUAGUCUGUCCAGCUAGAGAACGCGCCGAUUCUACGCAUCCUCCUGCACCUUCCUGCUAUCGAAACCGGUUUUCCUAUGGCAGGGAGACGUUUAGGGAUGCGCAGAAAAACCGAUUUUGGUCGGUCUGCGGCUCGUUCUCUCGCUGGACAGAGUAUAGGUAUAUUGUAUUUGGUAUAGAAUCAAUUUUAAACCACGUAUAAUAAUAUGCAUACAUUUGUAUCUCCAUUAUCCGUAGGAUUUAUUAAUAAUUAAAAAGACAUGAAUCGAAAAUAAAUUUACUAAUCAGUAAUAAUUACUUGCAUUACAUAAACCUACACAUUUUUAUUCAUCGGUUUUAAUUAAUUCAAUUUUAUUCUAAAAUAAAAAUAAAAAUCAAUUUAAUGACAUUCAAAUUAUUUUAUUAUUCAAAAUUACAGUUGAAAAAUGAAAAAAUUCAUAAAUAAUAAUAAUAAUUAAAUAACAUUGUCUUCAAUAUAUCUAUUUAAAGAAUAUUAUUGAUAUUUUACUCAAACAUCAUUUCAUAAUGUACGAAAGCUAUAAUUUUAAAAUUUAUAUUUACGUACAAUAUUAUUGCAAGUUUCCAUUGGUUAAAAUUUUAUUAUUCGUAUCAAUAUUAUAUCAUAAACAUUCAUGUAAUAUCGUAAGAUUUAAAACAAUUUAUAUGUAUAAUAUGCAUUGUACUUAGAUAGUAUAUUAUUUUUACAUUUUAUCAGCUGUAUUUUGCUGAAAACGGUCUAUAAUACAUUAAAGACAAUUUAUUUUUUCCCAAGAUGAUUUGAACUAAAAUUUAAACAAUAUACAAUACUUAGAUCAUGAAUCUUUUCUAAGUAAAAAUUUAAAAGUAAUUUAUGCUACAUGAAAGUUAAAUAUUUAAUAUUUAUUUAUAGUGUAUUAUGAAUAAGUAACUUUAGCCUUUAGGUAUUAUAAAUUAUUUAAAAUAAUAAUGGCCUCGAGUUAACUCAAGCUACAGAUGAAUAAUUUACUAUAAGAUUACACAAAACUAACCAUUCGUUUUUACUAGAAAACAAUAAAAUAUUCUUAAAAUGUAUUAUUAAUAUAAUAUAAUAUGUUAAUUUCAUUAACAUUCACUUAUCUAUCUAGUCAUAUAAAUUAAGUUUUGACCAAUAAUUAUAGCUGAGAUAUAAUUUUUUUUUAAUUUAUUUAUAACAUGUCAUACAUUGAGAUCGAGCUUUUAAAACCAUAGAUUUUUUUAAUUUAAUUUGUGAUUAAAAACAAAUUGAUUCGUUUUAAAGUAUUUCAUUAUGAAAAUCUUGAUAGAUUUGAUAUGAUGAACUUGUUAAUUCACAUAUAUAUUUAGAUAUGUUUAUCUUAAAAACCUAAUGUUUUUAUAGUAUAUAAUAAACUGUUUAUAGAUCAAUUAGAUAAUACUAUUAAGUAUUAGUUCUAUAUUAAGUGAAGCCAUAAAGGAACAAAAAGGGUUUUUAUAUAUUAUGAUUUGUACUGUAUUUAAAUUAUCUAUAUUCUAUACAGCAUAUCUGGUUAAUUAAUUAUGUAGUUAGUUUAGAAAAUUUAGAAUAUAAAUUGGAAAUUUAUCUUCAUAAUAUUUAUACAUUGCAAUUCAAUCGUUUUUAUGCAUAUUUUGUAAUUUUCAUUUUUAAAGAAAUAAUAUAGUUUAUAAUAAAAAUGUAUAAGUACUUAGGUGCUAUUAAAUCCUGUUCUUAUUCUAUAUUAUAAAUUUAUGAAUUAUAACCAUUUUUAUUUAAAAGUUAAAAUAUAAGGCAAAUGUAAUUUUAAUUCAUUAAUAAUUUGCUACCUACUAAGUUCUGAUGUAGAUUUUGCUGCAUAUAUGCUACUCCUAGUAUGAUUAUAAUAUGGUUUAUAUAAGUACGUUUAAUAUCGGCCGAUAAAAUUAUAUUUUAUUUCCUGAAUUCUAAGUAUAAAUAUUAAUGAUUGAAUACCUAACUAUAAUGAUAUACCUAACUAACUAAUAUAUUAAUAUAUAUUAUAUAGAUACUCAAUAAUAUUGUAUUUUAUUUUACAUUUAAGUUCUCUCAACUUCACAAUCAGUUUGUUAUAAAAUAAAUAAAUGGUUAUUACCUUAGUCCUUAAUGCACAUUAUCAAACAUGUAUUUGUAUACUAAAAUUUUAUGUUUCAAAUCAUGUUGAAAGGGUUAUGUAUAUUGGUAUAUUAAAAUUUUAAUCUAUAAAAUGUAUUAAUAAUUCUUUGUAUAGUAUUAUAAUUUUAAAUUAAAAUUGGACUGUUUGAAAUUAUUUGCAGUUUUUUUGGUGCUUUGUUUGUUAAUUGUUUCAAAAUGUUUUAUUUAAUUGCUGGUGCUUUUGUGUUGUUGUUCUCGUUUUAUUUAUAAACAUGUGAUCCAAUUUUAAUUAAUACCAGGUUUUAUUUAAUAAAUGUUAGUUGUUACACAUAUUUAAAUGUAUUAGUUAUUUAAAAUAUUUAUGCAUAUUGCAUACGUACCUACGUAUUAUACAUUCUUAUAAUAAUUUUAAUUAUUUGAUAAUAAUGUAUUACAGUUUAUUUUCUCUAAACAAAAUGUAUGGAAAUGUUUAACGUUUAUAAUAUGUAAUAAAAUAAACACCAAUUUUGAAUUACCUAUUAUAUUAUAAAAAUUUUUACUCUUUUUAUUUAAGAUUUAUAUAGUUUAUAUAAUAUAAUAGUUUAAAAUGUUUAAAUAGGUAAAAUAUGUUUUUUUAUAUAUUAUAUGAACAUGUGGUUUUAUGUUACCAUUAUCUUAAAUCAGUUACUUAAUGACGUAUAUUUAAUUUGUAUCAACAAAUAUAAUAUGUUUAAAAAAUGUUCUCAUUAUGGUAUAAAAUUUAGAAAAAAAGUUAUUUGUUUAUAUUUAUUUGUUUACAAAUACCUAUUUAAAUUGUAUUCUAUAUUUGAUUUUUUUUCCAUACAAACGAAUAAAUGAGAAAAAUAUUAUGGUACCUAUAUUUUGUAAUAAAUAUUUAAUACGUUAUAAAUUAUUAUAUUAUCGCACAAAAUGUGGUGUGCAUAGAACAGUAUUGUAGGUUUUCCUUUAUUUAAUAAAGUUUAAUGCGUUGUAUUAAUGGUUAUGAUAAGUGUAAUAUGCGAAUAAAAAUUUUGACCUAAAUUCAAUUUUAUUGAAAUAAAUGGUAGAAUAUAAUUUGGUGGUGUAUUAAUGCGAUUAAAUCUACAAAUAUUCCUCUUCACAAGUUCAAAACUCCCAUCUUUUUCGAUAUUUUCUUUUCAAGUAUACUGAUUACCGGUUAAAAUAUUUCAGAAGAAUCGGAAAUAUAAAAGAACUAUAUACUAUGUAUGCUACAUCUCUAAUAAAAUAAUUAGUUCUAUUAGAACUCAGUAUACUUAUGUUGAGAAUGAAAAAUUGUGGAUGUGGCUACGACAUGUCUGUAUGUUACUAUUGAUAGGUAAUAGGUAUAGCUAGUAGCUACUUUAGAAAUUGGAUGUAUGGGUAUAAGUUUUUAAUUUAAUGCUGAAAGUUUUAGAAAAAGCAAAUAAUAGUAGGUACUAUUGUUAAAUUACUUGACAAAACUAUGUGAUUAUUGUUAAUUUUUAUGGCCAAAAGGUAUUGGCUAUCACUUAUCAGCAGAGCCGUGUCGUUAAGAUUUAGCGCUUGGGGCAAAAUUAAAAAUAUUAGCCCCUAAUAUUCUAAAAAAAAUUUUUCGGCACCCCCUUAAAACAGUUUAAACCAUGCGCCCAGGACACAUGCCCCCU